AUGAAUAUCCGCUCUACAAUUUUCCACAUUUUCAUUUUAAGUUUAUUUGUGACUAUCUAUGCACGUCAAUUCAGAGUUACAGAUCAAGUAUUUUUCGAUAUUGAAAAUGAAGAUAAGCCAAUCGGUAGAAUCGUCGUUGGAUUGUUCGGCGAUUUAGCGCCAAAAGCGGUAAAAAACUUUAAAGUUCUUGCAACAAAAGGCAUAAAAGGAAAAUCGUACAAGGGCACUAGUUUUAAUCGAAUUAUUAAAAGAUUUAUGAUUCAAGGAGGUGAUGUUGUGUCUGAUGAUGGUGGCGGUUCAAUAAGUAUUUACGGCGAAGUCUUUGAUGAUGAAAAUCUAGAUACACAACACACCAACGCAGGUUUUGUAUCUAUGGCUAAUAAAGGUAAAAAUACUAACGGUUGUCAAUUCAUUAUAACCGUUAAAGGUACACCUUGGCUUGACGGCUUACAUACAGUUGUUGGAAAAGUCGUUGAAGGUCAAAAUAUCGUUCAUGUCAUAGAACAUACACCCACGGAUGUUGAUGAUCGUCCACUGAAGCGCGUGUUUAUAGCAAAUUGUGGCGUGUUACAGACCGAUCCAUUCUACGUGUCUGAUAAUCCAUACGACUUGUGGGGAUGGAUCAAGGCGUCGGCUGUGCCACUUACGAUGUCAUUUUCGAUACUCGGUUUCUUUCAUUGGAUGAUAUCAAAAAUAGAUUUCUAA